ACAUGGGCGUCCGUGCUGCUGAACGAUCCCGCAGCCUCGGCCGGGUCAGCGCACCCACCCCCCGCUCUUCUCCGCCCUCAUUGCUGGAAACCAAUUUCUCCGUCCACAAAGUGGGUCGGCGACGUGCGAGGCCUGUCCCAAGCAACAGCAGGCACGAAAAGGCUCGAUGAACGAUUCCUCUUGCGGCUUUAGAACAACGCGUAGCCGACCUGCACUCCACAGUCAGACGAUAUACGCGGGCGUGAGAGAUCUGGGGUAGCCGACUGCGCGUUGCUCGUUGUCAUUGGUGCAGAAACUCCAGCAGGAUUUGGGUCCUUUUGCUCAUCGCGUACUAGUCUCAUGGGUAUUCUAGAAGCGUGAUGCGAGAUGCUUGGACCUCCGGGGGCGCGCUCCCGCCAUGUUAAGCAUGGGGGUGGGAUCAUGGGGGUUGCGGAGAGCUUUUGGUAUAUUAUACAGUGACACCCCAGGUAUGCGUCGUUGGAUCAGAGGGCCUUUUGCUUUCACUUCUCGCUACUUCACUCAUCUUGUUCAAGAGGUCGAGGGUCCUGCAUUUCCUUGGACGCAGUUGCAAUCAUGUCGGACAUCGAAGCAUCCGGGCCUGCGAAAUGGAGGAUGAGCAGGAAGCGACUUUAUAACUGGUACGCUGCCCUCUGUGCGGCCUCCUGUAUGGUUCUGUACGGCUACGACGCAUCGACGUUCAACGCCAUCUCUGGAUCAAAGCACUGGGAUGCGUACUUCAACCAUAUCAAAUCCGAUCCGUCAAAGUCUAAUCUCUAUGCUUCAUUGAACACAGCGUACUAUGUCGGUGCCAUUGCGACGGGUUGGUUCGCCGGUGGGCCUAUCGCUGACUUCUUUGGCCGCCGGGUUGGUAUGGUCAUUGGAGCGGCUCUCGUGUGUGUCGCAACGUUCAUGCAGGCCUUUGCUCCCCGCGGCAAUCUCGGUGUCUUCAUUGGUGGUAGAGUUAUCGUCGGUAUGGGACAGGGUGUCUGCCUCACUGCCGGUCCAGCAUACAUCAACGAGAUCACUCCUGCAGAUAUCCGAGGAAAGGUCAUGAGCUUUUGGCAAAUGAACUAUUCCGUGGGAAGUUUCAUUGCGUAUUGGGUUGGCUACGCCUGUUCCAAGCACACAAAGAGCCUUGGCGAGUGGGACUGGAAGAUGGUUGUUAUCUUCCAACUGCUUGUACCCCUCUUCAUCGUCUGCGUUAUCAUGACCCUGCCCGAAACGCCUAGGUGGUACAUUCAGCGCGGCAACCGCAUCGACAAGGCGCGGGCGACACUUCGUCGUGUCCGUGAUACCGAGGAAGAAAUUGAGGCGGAGCUUAUGGCCAUCCGCGAGGCCAUCGAGUUCGAGAAGGAAGCUAUCUCCGGCAACUACUGGGCGCUGUUCAAGGACCGCUCGAUCCGGAAGCGACUGCUCAUCGCCUUCGCGCUCAACGCUGGUCAGCAGGUCACGGGACAGGGUUCGCUCAAUACGUACAGCACCAUCGUGUACAGCAAGGUGUUCAAGAACGCGAACACGAUCUUCUUGAUCAACGCAUUGAAUGCUACGUUGGCUAUCCUAUUCACCCUAAACGCUACCUGGACGGUCGACCGAUUUGGACGCAAGUUUCUGUUCAUCAUCGGUGGCUUGGGCAUGGGGGUCUGCAUGCUCAUCGUCGCAACCGUCUACACGCAGACGCCCGCUGUCCCAGGUUCCCGGACUGCCACUCUACCGGACGGAGUGAAGUCUGAAGGAGUUGGUGCGGCGAUUGUGUUCUUGUUCUUCCUCUUUGCAUUCUUUUACAAACCAUCGUGGGGUGCGACAACAUGGAUCUGGACCUCGGAAGUCUUCAGCAUGAACGUUCGCACGCAGGCCAUCGGCAUGGCAUCCCAAAUUCAGAACGUCGCCAACCUCAUCUGCCAACAGUUCUUCCCAACCUUCCUCAACCACAAGGGCUUCUACGCAUUCUACAUGUUCGCUGGAAUAAACUUCCUGCUGGUCGUAUUUGUCUUCUUCGUCGUGCCGGAGACCAAAGGUGUGCCACUGGAGGAGAUUGACACGUUGUUUGGAGGAGCAAACCACGUGGACAAGGGCGCUGACUUGAUCGUUGAGAGCCGACGAAACACGGUGACGGACGGAAAGACGGAGCAGGAGAAGAUCGAGCGCGCGCCAGAGACUCUUGAAAUCACACCGACAAAGCUCUAGGAUGGGCAUAAGCAUAUGCUGGAGGGCCAGCGGAAGAGUUCCUUUGGGCAACUGUUCUUUGUACACACAACACCAAUUUGCGGCAAUGAAUAGUAGCGUAAUGUCUUUUUGUUUGCCAAAUAUGAACGGCUCAACC